UGAUACAAAUAGCUGUAAUGAUUAAGUCUGCUGAUAUGGUAUAAAGCCAACAAUCUGUCAGCAAGACUCAGAAGAUAUACCAAGAUCAAGACUCGGCUUGUCGCAGCGCAAAAAUGGAAGCCACAAGUUUUGGACCAGAAAACGUUACCGGAGUCACAACAGAAGAUUAUACCACUAUUUAUCCUAAGGACUCAAGCUUUAAGAUUUUUUAUUUAUGCGCUUACAUUGUCACCUUUAUAGUGGGUUUCAUUGGAAACGGGCUUGUCAUUUUUCUGGCUGGCUGCAGAAUGAAGACGACAGUCAACUCUAUUUGGUUUCUCAAUUUGGCGAUUGCAGACUUUAUCUUCAUAUUAUCCAUAAUCAUUAUAAAAUAUAUUCGGUACUUUUCUUCGUACCAAUUAUUUAGGAACGUUCUCCGGAUGAUGAUAAACCUAAAUCUGCAUGCUAGCAAUUUUUUCCUUGUAGUUAUCAGUCUGGACCGUUGCCUGUGCACGUGGAUGGUUGUUUGGGCUCAAAAUAAUCGAACUCUCUUUAGAGCCAGGAUCAUCUGCUUGAUCGUGUGGGUUUCAUCCAUCGGCUGCACCAUCUUCAUUGUAAAUGUGAAUCCUAUGAUUCAGAUUGAAUUUGAUUUUUUAGUGGAGUUUCUCGCCCCCUUCCUGAUCAUUGCAUCUGCACACAUUGCUGUUGGAGUACGAAUCAAACGCCUCAAAACGAGGAACCGGCUCAGAUCGUACAGGGUCAUUUUUGCUGUUGUCCUGACUUUUUUCAUAUGUUGGUUCCCAUACCAUGUUUGCCGUUUAUGUUUAAUAACUGCAGACAAGGAUAAAUUGAGUGAAGUAUUUCGGAAAGCAUGGCAAUUCAGUGUCUAUCUGGUUUUUCUAAACGGCUGUCUGAACCCCAUUCUCUAUGUGUUCAUGUGUGAUGAUUAUAAGAAGAAGCUUAAACAGUCUCUGCUGCUGGUGUUGGAGACGGCAUUUGCUGAAGAUCAUCUGGACUUUAGAGGAAGGCAGAUGCAAGAGGACGAGCAGAACAAGACGAACUCUUUUGAAUUAUUAGAAACGUACAAAAACUCUACAUAGUCUCUAAAUGAUUGUGACUACCAAAACUAUAAAUCUCACCAUUACAACCACUGUAGUCAUUAUGCUUUUAAAAAGCAAUUUCAAAAUUCAUGUUUGUGGUAUGACUGUAUAAUUUGUUAGUUAACCAACUGGGGAAAAUCUUUCCUAAAUAUUAAAGGUAUAGCGGAGGAUCUUUCCGAAUUUUAGAGAAGACCCGCCCUCUCUAAUUUCUUUAAAAAUGCACAUGCGCAACACUCUACAAUACAUAUUUUAUAUUUUACUGCACAGAUAUGCAUCAAAGUAAAUUGUUUGGAAGGGCAUCAAAAUUUGGGUAGUCAUGUUUGGUGGCACAAUUAUGUUGCAAAUUAUAAACUAACUCAAAAACAUUCAUGCAAGACAAAAUGUCAAAUGCCCUU